AUGGAGAACCCACAUGCGGAGCGACAGGCGAUCCUGCUUGAGCGUAUCGUAAAGAACGCGGAUAAGUGUACGGAGCUGAUCCUCGAACUCAAUCACUGCGUCGAGGAAGUGCUCCGAGCGAAUGCCUACGUAAAGACAGCCGCGGAUCUGGCGAGCAAAUAUCGCAAGAAUGUACAGUAUAAUCUGGAGGCGACGCGAGAGGGCGGUCCGACGAGCAUAUCAUGA